AUGAAGAUUGCUCUCCUUUUUCUGCUCAUCAUCCAAUCUGGUCAUGGUCAAGAUGACUGUCCUGUAAGAUGUCGAUGUGAGAAGAAUGUGACAGUCGUCUUGUGUCAUGAACCAUUAUUUGAAUUUCCAGUACUACCUUCCAGAGUUGAACAUUUAGACCUUUCUGGAGCCAAUUUAGGACCUGCACUGGGUCCCAGGUACCUGUACCUUCCAUCACUGAAAUAUCUUGACCUAUCACACAAUGGACUCGUGAAUAUUUCUCACAGCAGUUUCCGUGGGUUUGUUAGACUGGAAUAUUUGAAGUUAUCUAACAAUUACCUCCGCGGUUUGCCCAGCAAUAUUUUCUGUGACAAUACCAAUCUAAAAGUUUUAGAUAUCAGUGACAACUUGUUCCGUGUCAUGCCUGAUGCUAUAUUUAGAAGCCUUGAAAAUUUAGAGGUCUUCAGUAUCCGCAACAACAAGCUUAAAAUUCUUCACCUUGGACCUAGAUGGCAAGUAUCCCGGAAGCUGAAAAAGCUUGAUUUUUCACUCAACAACUUCUGGAAUAUUUCACAAAACGCCUUCGAGUUUACCAGUGACUUGAAAUUCUUAGACGUGUCUAAAAACAAACUACGAUAUAUACAAACAAAUGCUUUCAAGUAUCUGGUACAAUUACAAAGACUAAAUCUAGCUCAAAACUCUCUGAAUAUUAACUCUCGUGAUCUUGUCAACAUUCUUCGUCCGCUGAAAUCUCUACUUGAGUUUCGGUUAUCCUAUAACCAUAUGACAGAAAUAAAUUCGACAGUUUUCAAUCCCGCUCAGAAGCUAGAAAAAAUAUUCUUAAAUGGUAACAAUUUUACUACGUUUUCAUCGACAUUUUUCAAUGAACUUAACCAUUUACAAUUUUUGAACGUAUCUGACAAUCCGUUUGUAUGUGACUGUGACUUAUUGGAAUUUCGCUUGUGGCUUGAAGAAAUCAUGAUAAGUAAAUUUAAU